UCCGUUUCGGGGUUGGGGUGCGCGCGCCGCCGCGCCCCCGCGCUGAAUUUUUACCUCAACUGCUGGACCGCGGCCGCUCAGCCGACAUCUGACACCCCGCCUGUGUCAACUCAGGGAUUAUCGCCCGAAACCCGACACCCGCACGCCGCCUUGCUUGCUUUAUUCGACGGCCCGUCCGCAGACAGCCGCCAGAGAAUCUUCACCCUUCGGGAGUCAACGGCCGAGAGAUGGAUAUCGUUUCAUCGUUGGGGUUGAGCAAUUUCGUAUUGCAGUUCUCACGGAUUUCCAUGUACCCGUUUUUCGACAUGGCACAUUACACGAUCUCGAUCAUGAACCUGAAGGAGCAGCCAGGUGUAAUAGAUGUUGCACAUCGCAGUCCAAUUGCAUGUUGGUUCAGCGGUAUGCUUUCCUGUUUUGGUGGAGCAAUUCUGGCAUCUUUGCUUCUAGGUGAACCUCCCAUUGAGCCUUUUACAAACAACAGAAAUAUAAUACUAGCUUCUGUAAUUUGGUAUUUAAUAUUCUACUGUCCAUAUGACAAGUUCUACCAAUGCUGCAACUUUUUACCAACUAAAUUAUUUAUAGCUGGUAUGAAGGAGGUAACAAGAGCCCGCAAAAUUGUUGGAGGAGUAGUGGAGGCACACAACCGCUACAGAAAUGGAUGGCUUGCUGUAAUUGCUGUUGGAUGGGCUAAAGGUGCUGGUUCUGGCUUGAUAUCCAAUUUCGAACAACUGGUGCGUGGUGUCUGGAUCCCUGAGAGAAAUGAGUUGCUGAAAAUGUCCUAUGGAACAAAAGUAACUCUGAUAGGCGCUGUGCUCUUUACUUUGCAACAGAUGAAUUAUCUGCCUAUUACCAGACACAACCUGAUCUUUUUGUACACAAUGUUUGUAGUUUCAACAAAGGUUGCAAUGGUGCUCUUUAAUAUUCAUCUUUCACCUUUUGCACCAAUGGAAGUUGCUUUGUACCAUAUGGCUUUUAGUUGGCAAUCCAGUAGCCCUGAAAACAAUUGUAAGACAGAAGCUUCAAACAAAGAAGAAUUGCAGGGGAAAAGCUGCCCUGCUCCCCCAGGUUUUUCUUCUGAGGAAGCUGAAAAUAUCAAAAGAAGGAAGACAAAGAAGUCUGAAUGAGAAACUCUUCAACUUGAAAAUUCAGGAUAUUUUUUUUGUUGGACUUUUGUUCUGUUGAAAGCUUUUUCUGUGAUGUCGUAAAAUUAAGAAAGCCUUCCAUAGCGGAAGUAAUAUGGGGAGUAGUAAUAAUCAUCUGCAAAGUAAAAUGGUCUUAGAUAUGAAUGAGAAGAGGUACCAUAAAAUUCAGGUAGAAAACUAUUGAAAGAAGAUAGACUAAAAUUUGUUUUAAUAAAGUUGACUCCUGUUGGUGUUUUUUUCAUUUUACUAUGGGUUUAAGUAGGAAGUAUAUUUGAUACCUGUGAACAAUUUUGAAGUGUCCUUUACUUUGUGCAAAUAAAAUAUUGCUGCAAUUUUAUAUUUAUGCCAAGAUUAAAAUAUUGUUUAAAGUUUACUGAAUUCAUGGAAGUCUUGUGCAGGGAAUUCUGUUUAUAAAUUUUACAAGUGAUAGCAAACACUGAAAUUGUACAUUCUACAAAAGCUAAUACUUUAAGACAAUUUGCUAAAACAGUUUUUAAACACCUGGAAAUUAAAAUUGCUGCCUACUCUUAACCGAGUCACCUUUAUCUGAAAACUGGCUCCAUUGUUGCAUUUUGACGGACCCAACUAGAUUUCUGUGAAUGUAAGAGUAUAUGCUACGCCUGAACUUCUAUAUUGCUUGAGGCUAUUUUUCAACAUGCUAUUCAGUGAUUUUUGACAGAGAAACCGUUGCUGGGUAAUGUAGGAAGAAAUGGAUAACUCAACCAAAUACAGGUGUUAUUUCAAUUUGUAUAUUUGGAUUUAGAUAAUAUAUUUAAUGUGUUUUCUCUUCUGGUUUGUUCAUUGUGUUCAAAAGGAACUGUCAACAUUUGUAUUCCAGUUUUUGGCUAUUCAUCCCAUCAGUAAUUUAAUAGUAAACAAAAUUUGUUCAGUAAUAAGAUAUAUGGCAUAGCCAAAAUGUUGAAAUUUACAAUUUGAGUUCUUCAGUUAUAGACCAUAAUUUUCAAUUUUGUCAUUUAACUAACUGUGAACUUGUGAUUUGUUUAUAUGAGAAAUGUAUGUUCCCUGCACUAUGCAAUUAUUAUUUUGUUCAUAUGCAAAGUGAAUUUAUCCUCUUUGACCAUUGUUAGUUAACCAUUUUUGUACUAAUGAUACAAAGCACAUAUUUUUGUGGUGCAGUUCUUGUUUGCUGUUUUUUUAAAUAUACCAAUUUACAAAACAUUUUGUAAGCCAGUAGGUAUGACAGCAAUAUGAGGUAGAAAAAUUGCUGUGUAGUGUAUUUUCGUACAAUAUAGUAUGGAAUUUGUCCAGAAACCUCUGACACAAGAGAUUGUCUCAAUAUUUUAAAGUGCAAAAAAAAAAUCUGCAGAUGCUGGAAAUCUUGAAUAAAUACGAAGUUCUGGAAUACUCAGCAAGGAUAUGUAGCAACUUGUAGCAUUUCAAGUUGAUAUCCUUACACUAAAACUCCUGAAAGAUCUUUGAUUUGAAAUAAUUUGGGUUUGUUUUUCUUCACAAAAUGUUGGCUGGCAUGCUGAGUAUUUCCACAUUCUGUUCUUAUGUCUAGAUUUAUUCUUGAAAUUUGAUUAUCUGUUCUAAUGUAAAACAUACCAAGUUGUUGUUCAAGAGAAGAUUAAAAUGCACAAUGAAAAUGUUUUCUGGAACCAUCUUGCCUUAUUAAACAAGAUAAUGAGUGAUGAAUUUGAUCAAGUAUUGGCACUCAUUGGUGAAGGAACAUACUACCAGCAUUCUACAGACUGAUAACUUUUGUCAUUUCUGGGUUAAUAGUGAUUUGAAAUGUAACAACUUGAAGUGCAGAUUCACUGAUGAAUAUGCAAAUAAAAUUCAAAUUUCCUUUCGCCA